AUGGACGAUAUGUUGGAGAGCAACAACGGCCGGGUAUUUGCUGGCGUGGUGGGCCUGUGGGUGCUAGGCUGGACGUUCAUGCAGGUGAAUAUGUGGAGGGAGCUCACGCCUGUGUACCGGGAGACCACCUGUGGUCGCCAGGAAUCCGUACUAAACGAGUUCCGGUUGGGCACAAAUGACAUUUACGUCGACUUGCAGAUCAGCGUGCAAUGUCAGAACCCGAACCCAUACAAGAUCGACAUUCUCAACUCAGAGCCCGGGAUUGUCCAGAUCGUGGCUGGAGCAAGGCCACAGGACAGAAUUGAUGUCGGGCGACUGAAAGUGAAGCCUGGAUCCAGCCUUUCUCGCUAUGGGAAAGGGCGCGUUUUCGUGGAUAUGAAUGCCACGAUACAGAAGAACAUCAGCGCUCGGCUCUUGCCGGUCUUCUUGAGCGCAGCAGAGAUACCCAUCCUCAUGCAGUUGCGAUUUCAAGUUGGGAUCCGGCUCUUUUUCGGCUUGGGUGGCAGCUGGCAAGCCAGGGCACCCUUUGACAAGGCCUGUGGGCUUCAAAUGAUGGGAGUCUUGGUGAACUCCUUCCAACAGGACAAAGACAGAAGUCGACUGGGGCCCUUAGUGUGCAAAGACACCUGGGACGAGCUGCUCCUUCCUGGCACCAUCCCUGCAGCAACGGAGGCCAAAGCCUUUGACCACAUGGACUUCGAGGCAGCUCAGGUGGCACCCAUGGAGGUACAAACGGGCGAGUUGGCAAAGAACGUGAGCUUCAGCAUUCUGGUUGUUUGCUCGUCCCUGAUUUCCGGCGUCUUCUUGUGGAUCUCGCGGUACGGCAAGAUCCCGGAAGACCUGCGGACGCUGAGGGAGCGUGCCGUGCAUUUGGCAGUGUCCACCCUCAUGGGGAGCAGCAUGCAGAGCCAAGCAGGCUGGGAAGCCAUUCCUCCUUGGCACAGCGCAAGCGGCAUCUCGGCAGGUCCGGGACCAGGACCAGGAUCUUCCUUGUCCAAGUCAAAGUCCAGCUCGCAGCCAGAUCCCUCAGAGAAGCUUCGCACUACACCGGUUGAUCCGGCUCCGCUCGUGCAGGUGGAGGAGGAGCCAGAGCGAGAGGACCAGGAGUCCUGGACGCGGCCAGCUCACCAGAAGGAGAUUGUCCGCGAGAGGGCAUCUACAGAGACCAUGAUCGCCUCCAUCAAGCAAGCGAAUGGUGAGACCAGGGGUCUCGCGGCAUCCGUGCGGGUCACUUGGAUGGAUUGA